GAUCUUGUAGUUCCUGGAGCAAACAAAACAAAUGACAGCUGACCACCAUACUGGGGUUUCUGCCGCGUGACAGUGUACUUUAUGAGUUUUAGUGAUAUUUUAAUGAUUAAAGAAAUAGGCAGGAAGACCCAGAGACGUGUGGGGAGACAUAAAUGAAUAUAUGUUUAUCAUUACGAGCGAAGAUCUGGGGAUUAGCCUAGCUUAGUUAGGUAUCAACAGACACUGGUUUCGUUUUCUUAAAAACAGUGGAUACCAUGUUAGGCAUUCAGAUGUCUCACUAAAUAUUAUCCAACGGGGGAUACAUAUGUCGCUUUCAUAUAUGUAAAAACUUGUUUUUAACUCGGCUGCACAUCCGGAACUUGACUGACUGUUCCAGCUGCUGCUUGUUGUUUAUCUUGAGAGCAGACUAUGACCUGUUGUUAUGCGAUCAUUGUCUCCACGCUUCUAAGAGGACUCGGUGCUGCUUCGGUCUGAGCUGAUGGGAUCAGGCCGCAAAAAAUGGAGGCUGUGAGACCGAAGAAGACCAAAACAAAAACCAGCGGAAAAUCUCAGUUGGGAAAAAAGCAGAAGCAAGCAGAGGAGGAGAAGAAGUCUCCAUGUCUACCAGCCGUCUGCGAUGAUGUUUACACCUCUGGCUUCACGGAGAUCCCCCUCAGUCUGCCCACUUGUCCACCUGAGGAGGCAGAAGAGGAUCAAGAGAAUCUUGUCCAAACCACCAAAACAUCAACACAGCCAUCAGAAAAGCCCACAGAGAAACAAGAGACUUCCUCAGCACAGACUAAAAAUACAUCAGAACUGAUUGAGACUCUACAGUCAGGUUUGAAGCUGUCAGAGACGCCAUUAGAGACAGUGCAACAGACUGAGUCAAACAGGGUGGAAAAAGAUGAUGGUGUGGAAGCUCAGGGUGCUGCGCUGGAAGCUGCAUCACAAACUGCUACAUCAGGAAAAGAUGAGCAAAUGUGGAAACAGCCUUUUUUAACAGCUCAGUUUGGCAACCCAAGUGCUCCUGCGCUGUACCCAUCUCUUCCGGUCCUGGAGGAGGAUUCUAUGAUGCAGAUCUACGACAAAGCAGUGAAAAACUGUGCCAGGGAACCAGCAGUGUUGGCACUACCGGAACAAGAAUCCUCUCCUCUGUGUUUGCAUCCUCUGAAGUCUGUAACUGAGCUUUCAAGGAGCAAACUGUACCCAGAAUUGCCAAAGACAGCCCCAGAAAUGCAGGCAUUCACCCUGGAGCAGCUGAGUGUAUGGGAGCCAGGUGAAGGGCUGCGAAUGUGGCUGGAAGGCGUAGAGGUUUGUGCCGCCCAGUUCUGUGCGCUGGCCCGUCAGGAGAACCAUGAACUGACAGAACUGCUCCAGAACUACUGGCGCUGCCGCAGACAGCUGAACCAGUCGCACACGCAGCUGCACACUCAGUCAUCUGACUGCAAGAGCACACAGAAUCGUCUCUGGAGCUUCAGAGAUGAACAGCUCACACUUCAGGGUGUAUGUGCAGACCAGGUUAAGGUUUGUGGAUACCAUCGCUUCCAGCAGGCAGAGUUUAAUCAGAGUGCUCUGUCUGAGCUGCGAGUGCUGUUGGAGGCAUGCAGUGAGCUCCUCCACCAGAAGGUGGUGCUGCAUGCCUACACAGCUCUGCUGUCACGUCUGCAGAUUGAAUCCUAUUUGUAUCGCCUACUAAAAGUUUUAGAUUGCUCUGGAAACCAAACCCAGCCCUGUUCUCUCCAGCCUCUGAAAGAGGCAAUCAGUGUCCUGUUCAGCUUCACACGUCGAGUCCUGGAUGACACACAGUUCCAGACAGACAUCCAUCAGUGGCUGGAGAGGCUGGUUGUUGUUCUGCUGCGUAUCGGAGGGUCAGGGGAGCAACUUUAUCUGCUCUGCCAUCUUCUCUGUUGUCCUGCUGGGGUUGGGAAGUGGGCAGCAUCGUUCCUUCAAAUUAAGGUUUUGGGAGACAGCUCUGGAGUGCAACAUUUUAUGCAAGCGUUAUCCAUUUUGAUGUCACCUGCCAGACACCGUGCUGAGUUUCUGAGUCAUAUGAAACCUUGUGAGAGCCAGAGUUCAGCAGCAUCAGGUCCUGAGUCUGGCAACUGGACCCUUGUUGAUGAAGGAGGAGAGGAGGAUGAAGAUCCAGAGAGCAGUUGGCUGCUGCUCUGUGAGGAAGAUCUAAUCUCCCUGCUGAACCAGUUCCCCUUCCAGCAACUCUAUUCACACAUGCUAGGCAUGAGCAAACAGGGUGUCUAUGAGCCUCAGGCCUGCUCCAGUCAGAAGAUGAUGCGUGUUUUUGCUUUUGCCUCCUCGCUCACUGAGAUUCUCGCCCUUGGCCUCCAAACCUACAACAGAGCACGUUACAGGCAACUAGUCAAGCGAAUAGGACACAUCAUAAGAAUGACGGUAUGUUACGUCAGUGACCACUGGGCCCAGUAUAGGAGUGUGACUGACGCUGGUGGGUCCAGCUCUCAUGUGCACUCUUUAACUCUGGAGAAACUGCAGCUGGAAUACGAUCAUCUCUUCCUCAGAGCUGUUUUGCAUGUUCUCAGAAACAAAAGGUUGGGUAUCUGGUUGUUUAUGUCUGAGAUGCCCUAUGGAACUUUGUCCAGCUCUAUGCUUUGGAAGGUCCUUUAUGUCAUGCAGUGUGCAGAAACAGCAGGACCAGAAACUCUCAAUGCUGUUGGCGACACACAAUCCUGCAUUCAGGCUCUCAGAGACCCAAAGCACCAGGAGAGAUUUGAAGGUUGGUUGUGUGAAGUGAACAGUUCUGAUGGCAUCUCCCUCCUCACUGCCCUGGCACACAUGGCGACACCCACUCCCCACUUUGAUCCUGCAUUCAUCACAACCAUAACUCUGCUGAUUUACCAGGUGUCUUAUGUCAGUUUGUCUACCAGAGAAACUUACUCUAAGGUAGGAAGGGAGUUGCUGGCUGCCAUAGCAACAGCUCAUCCCUACAUCAUCUCUGUGCUCCUCGAGAAACUGAGAGAAACUAUCCAGACUGUAGGAAUGGUGGCGUUGUACUUGUGUAAGGAGCUUCCUCUGAGUUUGUGGAGGCCGCAGAGGGAGGAAAUAUCGGUGAUUGGAGCCUGGCUGCUCCAGAAUCCGCUGUCUGCUGUGGAGAACAGACUGGCUUGUGUUAUCCUGGAGGGUCUGAACUGGGGUUAUACUCAGGAUGGCUCUUUGGCGCUAGCCUCUGUCCUCCACAGUGAGGUGGCUCUGCUGGUGGCUGAAGCUUAUCAGAAAUACCUCACAGACAAACCAUACAGUGGGCUCAUAUCUGAGGGAAUCAAACAGGUGUCUUAUCUAGCGAGCGUUCUCCGCCUGGGCGUGUCUCCAGAGGCGUCCUUUAGUCAGUGGGCGUGGCAGCUGCUGCUGAGGCUGAAACUCCAUGGUAAUGCCCAGAAUCCUAAAGGAGGCUGGACGGUUCCUGCAUUGGCUUCCAACCCUCCUCCAGAACUUACGCAUGCUCCCAGCAUGCACUCUGUUCUCAGGGCUGUAAAAGCUGGCCUCCCCAUUGGUUGCUACCUGUCCCUUGCCAUGACAAAAGUGGGGCACAGUCUGGAAAACUUCUGCACAGAUGGAGUUGAGUUGCUAAAAAGUCUGAUUCAGUCUCGCCACCUGAGAGCCGCUGUGCAUCUGCUGGAUAACAUCCUGCCCCCCACCUACCCUCUGAGCUUUUACCUCUUGAACAACUCUCACUUCGUCAGCUGCAUCCAGCUGUUCUUACAGUACGACAGUGUGUGUCCUCAAGGAGUGACGCAGCAGGUCACUCACCGGGUGGCGCCGCUGCUCACAGGAACAAACUAUGGUGACAACGUCCGUCUCCUAAACAGUGUCAUUCAGAGUCAUGUGGUGGAGAGCUCCCGGGCCGGGCGUGUUGGCGCCGCCGCCGUGUUGGAGUUUUGGGUGGGAAUUCUCACUCAGCAGAAUGUUUGGUAUCGUGACAAAACGGUCCUUUUCCUCAUGGAUCAGAUCUGCUGUGCUGCAUUUAUUCAUCACCAGGAAGAAUGUGUGCAGAAGCUCCUCUACCAGCAACAUAAGAAUGCUUUGGGUUACCAUGGAGAUCGCGGUCUGCUUUCCUCUCUGGUUGGCUGGAUUGCUGGAAAUGCCACACCAUCCUUCAUCGAGGGCCAUUCCCUAAAUGGAGAAGUGUGGUUUGCAUGGCUGGUUCUGAACACGGAGGGCAUGUUUGAAGAAGAGUCCCAGUUGAGACGUUGCGUUGAGAAUGAGCUGCUGUCUGAACCUGGCAUCUCCCCAGAUCAAGCAUUAAAGAAAGCGCAGCAGAAGCUGAAGCUCCCCGUAGCUCCGUCUCUGCAGCGUCUUCAGGUGUAUCGCUGGGCUUACCAGGCCUUGGCCACACCACCGGACCACCCCCUCCUUCCCCUGAUCUGGCAGAAGUUCCUACAGCUCUAUCUCAGACAGCCUGGGCCAGAGUAUGGGCUGGCUGCUGGGGGAUGCAUCGGCAGGAGGUUCUUCCAGACUUCUUCUCAGACUGCUUUGCUAAAAGAUCUGAGGCAGAGAAUACAAGAGGUUUCUGAUUUCCACCAUACAGCGAGUCAGGCUCUUAGGGUGCCCCAACCACAGACGCCUUCAUCAGAGAGUCAGGAGGACGAAAGCCCGAAUAACCCUCAACCGCCUUACCUCACCUCUCCACAGCUCCACUCAGAGCUUGUUAGGCUGUUUGGCGUCUUUGCUUUGUGGUUGGAUGAUGAGUCUCUGCAAAAGCAGGAAGUUUACCUCCCCUCCCUUCAACCAGAGUAUGAGCCUCACAGACUGGCACAGGUCAUGCAGCGGCAGCAGGAACUGUGGCUGGAGUAUGUGGACCAGGAGCGUCUGCAGUAUGAUGAGCAGGAGGUGCUGUCUCUGUGGGAAAAGGUGCAAAGCGAGCCAACCUUCCUGCAGAACCAAAACCUUGGCUUCACGGACUACUCCUGCCUCAGCAACGGACGAGAGCGCAUUAUGUCCAACCUGGAGAAGCACCCGGUUCCCCUUCCAGCCCCUGGGCUCCAGGUUCUUCAGGCUCCAGUGGCUGAGGUUCCCCCCUCCUGCCUCAGUGACUCUAAAGCUUCCGCUAAACUUUUACAGCAGGACCUCAGCGUUUUACAGGAUCAGGCGAGGAGUGCAGUUUCACGUGAAGCACAGCAGGUGGCGAUGGAGCAAGAGCUGUUGGAGGGUCUUCCGUUGCUCUUCAAGAACCGACCGGAGCAAGUUAGCAUGGCCCUGGAGUGCAAAGGGAAGGGAGGGCAGCCUUGUCAGGGAGCCGCAAACAUCACCGUCACGUGUGAAUGUGUCCAGAGACAGGAGGCGGUGCACAACCAGAUAACAUCACUACGCAGGGAUAUCAAGAAGCUGCAGACCGAUGCUAUGGCUGCUCCGCCUCAGAACCUGGCCCAGGCUGCAGUCCACACUGAGAACUUCAUCACGGCUCUGGUGAAUAUUUAUAAAGUGCAGAACUCUCCGGCAGUGCAGCAGGUGGGCGUGUCCGCAUUUUACCAGGUGGUCUCUUUUGUGAAUGAGGACACCCUGCGACACCCCCCAACACGUCAGUAUCUCUCUUCCUGUGUGGAGAUCCUCGGACAGGUUUUCAUCCAGGGCAAUCCAAAGGAGUGCGGCCGUGUCCUAAAAACCAUCCUGGAGCAGAGGCUCCUCUGUCCUCUCAUUUCCCCUUUCUUCACUCCAAAUGCCGCUCCAGAUCAGUUUGUCGUCCUCUACCAAGACGUGGUGACCUCCCUUCACCUGGACUCCGCUGAUGUCAUUUUCAUGCUGCUCACUAAGUUUGAUUUGUCACAGUGGCUGAAUGAGGCUCAUCCCGUGUUCUCGGAGCGAACCCGUUUGCUGGAGCUGGUCCACGGCGCUCUGUGUGUCUGCGGCCGAAACCCUGAGCCUGAACUUCUCACGCCUUUUCACCUCUUUGCCAAACACUGGACCAUGCUUUUACGCCACCAUUUUCCUGACCAUUACAGCGACUGCCUGCGUCUGCUAAUGACUAGUUCUGCGGACCAGCUGUUGAGUCCAGAGUGCUGGAAAGUGACACUGCGAGUGCUGGGUUGCUUGCCUCCAUCCCGCAGCAGUAAGGGCAAACCUGAACAGUCCUUCAGCUCGGCAGUUGGAGUCCCAGCUUCCACUCAUAGAUCCUCCAUAAGUCUCUCUCCUCAGCAGGUUGAGGAGACGGUGAACUGGCUGAGUGACUUCUUCCUGCGGAGCCGCCUUGGUAAGGCCGACCUCCGCAGCUUUGGCCUCUACUCAGCCUGGGUUCCCUACAUAAGUGACGUUGUUACCUUCUGGGAACAUCUGAUUGGUUGCCUUAUUAACACACAGCUUAUCAGCUGCAGCAGAGAACCAGUAGGCAGCAGCAAACUAACAAAAGCUCUGCAGGAUUUACACUGUAAGCUGGUGAAGUUGUUUACGCCGUGGGUCUUUCCUCUGGACACUACUGAUGGAGGUAAUGCCAAGUGUUACCCGUGGCUGGAGACGGAUGCAAGUGCAGCAGGAUGUCUGGUUGGUCUAUACGUUCAGCUCACUGACACACUGCAUCAUAAAUUCAGAGAUCGCCUGCUACCAGGUCAGAGAGGAGCUCUGUGGCUUUGUUUAAUGCAGUACUGUGAGAGCUGUACCUCCCCUCGUACGCCUGAGUAUCUGCUCUACCUGUACCACACACACCUCCGCAGCCUGCCCUGGAAACACCUGCACCCCGACACUCAGCUCAUGGAGCACUUAUUCAAUGUGGAGAGAGGAAGUCCCAAGAGCUGCUUCCUGUUUAUGGGGGAACUGAUGUGUGAAGUUAACUGGCUCAGUGUUUUAAGCGACCACUUAGAGACACCGCCCAGCUCUGCAACAUAUCCAGCUGUGGCAGGGCUGAUUACGCAGAAGGACUCUCACACCAUGUUGGUCUAUCUGUUAUACAUGCUGGUGUUUCUGGCCAAAGAAGAGCAGCUCCUCAGCAAACAGGACUCCCCUCUGCUCAGUCUGCUGGUUCAGUCAACCUGUCUGCCCUGGUAUCAAAUGGACCUGUCCUCAUACCAGGGCAUUCUGGGAUACGUUGGUACCCAUUACCAACCAUCUCUGCUGCUCAGUGCUGAUUCUGCCCCUCAGCUGCUUCUGAAAUUACUCCGUGGGGCUGCAGGGCUCCAUCCACAUCCCAGCGAAGCUCCACACCAGGAGGAGACCCUGAAGGCUGGAGGCUACAUCUCUUGGUCUGUGAAGUCACUGGUGACAUUGGAGCAAGGAGGUGGGAUCAAUCUUAAUAGCCUGGAGGCUCAGCUAGAGACACUUCUGGAAAGCGUUGUUACUUUCAACCCACCAGAGGUGGGUUUAGAGCAGAGGCACAUGGCGUUCUGCGCUCUUUUCAGCGAUGCCUUGACUUUGCUCAAUGGAGUUGGGGUCUCAACAGGCGAGGCGCUGGCUGCUCACGUCAUUGGCUGGCUGGACAGGAAAGGGAAGGGCUGUCCAAUUCUUCCUUUGCUCACAGCCUGCUCUCGCUGUCUUGCAUCAGUGCGACACAUGACGCGUAUCAUGGAGGCAUGCAUCGCGGCUUACUUCAACCAUGUUGAGGAAAAGUCUGUAGGUUGGGGCCCUGUGUUGGCGUCACUGCAGGUGCCUGAACUCACAAUGGACGACUUCCUCUCCGAGAGCCAAUCAGGAGGCAGCUUCCUGACCCUCUAUGCCUUCAUUCUGCAGCGCCUCAAUAGUGAAUACACAGCAGCCAAUGAGAGGAGGAUCCUUGCUCUCAUCAACACAUGGACCAUGCAGGUCUUUCCCAGUGGUCCAGGAGAUGAAGCAAAGCUGUUCCUUUGGUGGCACAAAGCUCUGAACCUGUCUGUAGAGCAGCUGCAGCCUCAGGCCGGAAACACAGAGGUGUCAGGGGUCAUCAUGGGGCUGGCACGGCUGCAGGGCAGGCUGCUUCAGCUGGGAGAAGAGAGGCUGAACUCUGGGCUGCUGGGAGCCAUAGGCCUCGGGAAGAGGUCCCCUGUUUCUAAUAGAUUCAGGGUGGUGGUCCGCAGCCUUUCAGCAUUCCUGUCCAUCCAGGUGCCAUCAGAGACCGAGCUUCGACUCCAACCCACCACAGAUUUACAACUUUCUGCAAAAGCACAACAGAUGUUGCUGAUGUUGGAGACCAUGUCCAGCAAUAAGCAGUACGCUGAGCUACAAGAGGCUUUAGAUAAGGCCAUCCAAUUCAUCCGUUACCCAGGGCAUUGUGUCAGAGAUGGGCCCCGCCUCCUGGCACUGCUGGUCAACCUCCUGUACCCGGACCUCGGAUAUCUGCACGUCAUUCGUUUACCGUGACUUUUUUUCCCUGGCAAGGGCUUGAAAUAUGAAGGACUCUUGGCUCCCGGAGAGUAUCCCUGGAGACAAACAAAUACAUGAGCACAAAGUUCCCAAGUAGUGACACAGAUCCUUAACUUAAGACUUCUGUAAUUCUGACUGGUGACAAAUCAUGAAGCUUAACAGAAAUCUAGAGAUUUUAUUUUGUGCCAAUUUCAGACAUUUUAGCACUUUACUUUUUGUCCCAUAUGUUCCCACCUCAUCAGUUUGCUUACAGCAUGUUUUCUUCAUGCUUUAGAGAGUCAGAUAAUUAUUUAAGCAGCAUUUGCUAAUCAGAAAUCAGCGCUAGACUUUCGGUGUGAGUUUCUCACCAACAUAUGGAAUCUCUGCAGACAAAAGAUCAAGGCGUCCACAGAUCUCUGGAAAGACAGACCUAGUAGUACGUUAAUUUUAGUAGUAUGGUCUUAAAAUGGGGUGUGUAUGUUUUUAUGUUUUUAAUGCCAAGCCAAAAGUGCUCUACUUGUAGUUGCCAAAGAAUAGUUUUGUUUUUUCUUUUGAUCAUUUCACCCAAACUCUGGUCCCAUCCAUCUCUAUGCCCAGUCGUUUAGCUUCCUUAUAAAGCAGUGUGUGCUCAGCAAGUCCAGAAAGCUAAUGCGCCAGGUAUUUAUCACAGUCAGGGGGUGGGGGGCAUGAGCUGUCAUUUAAUUUAACAUUCACAGAACUCUAGACUUUUUUAAACUGAUCACUGUUUUAACAUUAAACUACCCUCCUGUUACUCUUUGCAUCUCAAGAACAGUGGAGCUGCUCUUCAGCAGCCUGAAGCUCGCUUUGUUACUGAUGUCUGAGUUAAAUGGGGACUGUUAAUGUUGAAAGCUUUUUCAUUUUUUCUUUUAAUGAGUCACUGAUGGAGAACUGUUCUGCUGCACAAAGUGGGGGGGCUGCAGAGCCAAGCUGCACCGUGGAGGAAAGACAAAUAAAUAAAGUUGACUGAAUGUAUCACUGCUAUGUUUAGAGUUUGACAGACCAUACCUGCUGUAUAACGAUAUGAAACUUCAGAGACUUAUCAAAAUUAUCAGGAAAGCUAGAUAAACUUUAAAAAUAACCUUUAAAAUUACAGGGAUUUGCUACCUUAUAAGCACUAAAAGGACCAUUAUACAAGUCAUUCCUGGACAUAAUUAGAAAAGAAUUUGAAAAGUUUACAUACACUAACACGACAAUUUAUAUGUUAAACUGAAGUCUUUAAUAAGGGAAAAACACAAUUUAGAUAAUUUUGAAUUUAGUCAGCAGUGAGCCUGGUUUGGGUCUCACUCCUGUUAGAUCAGAAACUGGGUUCAAGUUUCUAACAUCUUAAUUGUUGAUUUGAAAUGAUGUUGUUGAAAAUGGAGGUAGUUCUCCAUCACAAUUGAUGCCUUUAGUUCUGAAGGUUUAACAUUAACUACUCCAAACAUUCUUUAUUUUAGUUAAGCAGAUCCUUCUUUGUCUUGUCUGAUUAUUAAUAUUUGAUCAAACAUAUCAAAACUGGAUUUGGAACAAUAUGGUUAGAAAAAGACACAAGAAAAAUGAUCGGCCUCAAGUUAAGGUAUAAGUUCUCUGAAGCAUUUAAGUUAGGUUUGAUAAUAACAGAAAUAAAUUUACAGCCUGAGACAGUGAUAUGCAUUUUAAUCUAAGCUGAGAAACAUGUAAAAAAAAAUUAAACUACAAACAUCAGAUUUAUAAUUUAUAUGAUGCAUCUUGUCUCCUCUGUUCUCUCUCCAUGCUCUUAUGUAUCUCUCCUUCCUGUUAGAGAAAAGUAUUUUUCCUGUGUCCAAAUCAUCCCUGCCUGCAAUCAGAUGCUUAGAUAAUGACUUCCUGCAUUCUUUGUUUUAUCUUCUGCCAACAGUAACACAGAAGGGGUCGGGUAGAUUUCAGCCAAUUCAGGGCCUCCUAAUGUCCUCCUCAUCCUUUUAUGAUAAAGCCUCAUCUUUAUCAUAAGGACAGUACAAUGUAAUUUUAAUGUCUUCUAAAAUGUUAAAUGAAAAAGUGUUAAAUACAAGGACAGUAAUUUAAGUCAGCUCAGCAAACCAAUCUAGUUGCAAUCAUAAACUUUAUCAAGUGAGUCGCCAGUCUUUAUAUGUUUAAGUUGUUGGUUAUUUCAAAAGGUGAAAGUUUAGUUAACUUUUAUGUUUUUAUUAUGAAAUGCAAGAAAAUCAUCUUUUGGAGUUAGCUUUUCCGUUACAGACUCAAUAUUCUUUUAAUAUUCAAUUUCAACAACACAAAUUCAUGCUAAAGAGAUGCUGUCAAUCAAA